CUCGGACGCGAUUUUGGGGUUGUCUUAUUUCCGGUCGGAGAAGUCGGUGGAGGACAUGGUUGUGGAUUGUCAGGCGUCGGGUCUGUGGAGCGACGCGCUGGUGGUGCUGGACCAGGCGUUGAAUCAGGCGUUGGACUCGAGGACGAGGGAGAGGUUUGAACUGAACCGGCUGGAGUGCCUGAAGGAGCUGGGUCUUUUCGACCAGAUGCUGCGCGUGGUGGAGAGUUCGAUGGCGGAGGAGGCGACGAAGUGCGGAGAGGGUCGCGCGACGAGGCACGUUUCGCGCGUGUGCUCGUACGGGAUAUUGGCGGCGUGGCGAAUGGGGAGGUGGUCGCUGGUGGAGGGGCUGUGGGAGAGGGCGAGCAAGUUGGAAGGAGUCGUACCGAAGUUGGACUUUGACGCGUCGAUAGGCGGGAUUUUAGUCUCGCUGAGAAAGAGGGACAGGAAGAAGUUCGACGAGGGGGUGUGGCAGCUGCGAAGCGAGCUGGUUCGCCCCCUGGUGGCGGCUUCGUUCGAGUCGUACCAGAGGGCGUACCCGACGAUGGUGAAGCUUCAAAUGCUGAACGAGCUGGAGGAUUGCUGGGAGCUGCUGUGUCGGUCGCCCGGUCGCGCGGGGUCGUCGGGGGGUCGGGAGAAGGGCGAGAUAUACCGGCACUGGAGGGGGAGGAUUUUGGCGUUGCAGAAGAGCUUCAAGGCGAGGGAGCCCGUGCUGUCGCUGAGGGUGGUGAUGUUGGAGCUGGAGGGGUCGGAAGAGGAGGCGAGCGAGGCGUGGAUGCAGCUGUCGAGGUCGGCCAGGAAGGGCGAGAGAUACCAGCUGGCCCAAUACGCGCUGCUGAAAGCGGGUCGGUACAACGAGCUGGCUCGGGGGAUCGAGGCGGCGAAGCUGCUGUGGAACUGCAAGAGGGAGACGCUGGCGCUGCUGGAGGUGAGGAAGGUGAUUCGCGCGUGCUCGGCGACGAGUCAGGCGGAGCGGGGCAGGGAGCCGGACGAGGCGACGAACAUAGGGUACAGGAACAAGGCGCUGUUGUUGAGCGCGCGCUGGAUGGAGGAGAACGAGUACUCGGUGUCGACGGUGGUGGAGGUGUACGGUCGGGUGACGUCUUCGAGCCGGGACGCGAAGGGCAGCUACCUGCACGGGAUGUACUUGGACAAGUUGGUGACGGAGUACAAGAGGGGGAUGUUUGGCGACGGCGAGGCGACGGAGAGGGUGUCUCAGUAUUGGCAGUGCGUGCCGCACGUGUUUUUGAUGUACGCGAGGUCGCUCAGGAGCAGCAUGGUCUACCUGGACCAGGUGUUGCCGAGGAUUUUGACGAUUUGGCUGGACGUGGCGGGGGCGUACCAGGACUACCUGUUGGACGCAAAGUGGAGGAAGGGGGCCUCGCUGCAGUGCGACGCGGCGGGGCGGCUGAAGGAGGGGUACGCGGCUUGCAAGAGGACGAUGGAGGAGCUGUUGCUGAACCUGCCGGCGCUGAAUUGGUUUGCGGCCUAUCCGCUACUCGUGUCGAGCAGCGCGCACCGAAACAAGGACGUGGUGGAGUUCCUGAUCAGGGUUUUGCUGCACACGCUGCGACACCACCCCGACAGGGCCGCCUGGUACCUGGUACCGAUGAAGCACUCGACGACGAAGGAGAGAGUUGGCGCGUACAGAGAGCUCCUGAGGCGCUCCAGGGCCUCGGUCGGAGAGGGCCGCUGGCGGAACUGCGAUUUGCACGGGUACAUGCUGAGCAUGGAGCGCCUGGUGGCGAUGCUGCUGGAGGUUUGCAACUGGGAGAUCAAAUCGAACAGUCUAUCCAAGGACGGAAAAUUUUCUCUCUCUCAAGUUUGUCCAGCUCUGGCGUCGCUGGAUAUUCCGGAGCGGGUCAUGAUUCCGGCUCGGGGCCAGCCAUGUGCGGCUCAAGCGCUCCCUGUCUACCUGCGCGGGUUCUCUAAGGACCUGCUCGUGAUGAAGUCGAAGCAGAAGCCUCGCCGCAUCAAGAUGAAGGGCGACGACGGGAUGGAAUACCCGUUCCUGUGCAAGUCGGGCGACGAUCUCCGUCGGGACGCCCGCGUCAUGGAAUUCAACAUGCUGGUAAACAAGUUGCUGAAGAAGGGCGUCGAACCCCGCAAGCGCGACCUGCAAAUUCGCACCUACUCUGUAAUCCCCUUGGAGGAAAAGAAAGGCCUUCUGAGCUGGGUGCUAAACACUCGGUCCCUCAAGGAGGUCGUCGGCCAAAUGAUGAAGCUAGAAGGAAAAGAUCUAAAGGCCCUGAUCAAUAAGGUAGCCUACGAAUACUACCAAAAAGAGAACCAAGGAAGCGAAUGGGUCGUCCAAUACGUCAACAAAAUUUUACCUCUAUUCCCCUCCGUGCUUUGGAAGUGGUUCGGCUUCCAAUUCCCCGAACCCUCUUCUUGGCUUCGCGCCAGAACUCGACACACUCGCACCACCGCGGUCAUGUGCAUGGUCGGCGCCGUGCUGGGCCUAGGCGACCGACACUGCGAGAACAUUAUGCUCGACGUCGAAACGGGCGACUGCGUCCACGUCGACCUAAACUGCAUCUUCUACCAGGGACUCGAACUCAAGGUCCCGGAAAUCGUCCCCUUUCGACUCACCCACAACAUCGUCGACUCCUUCGGCGUCACGGGGUACAACGGCGCGUUCAGAAGGGCGUGCGAGCUCACCAUCUCCACGCUCCGCACCAACAAAAAUGCCCUCAUGAGCGUCCUGGAAGCCGCCAUUCACGACCCGCUGUUGUCCAGGGAACGACCGCCCGCCUCGAGGAAGAAGACCCCGGCCACCAUCCACGAGAUGCACAACAGGGAAAUCCUAGAAAUCCUCGACAACGUGUCAGGACGCAUCGACGGGCUGCGCCCCAGCCCGUACAUCAAGGAGGAAUCGCUCCUCCCCCUCUCGAUCGAGGGACACGUGGACACGCUCAUCAAGGAGGCGACCUCCAUAGAGAGGCUGUGCAAGCUCUAUAUCGGCUGGAACCCAUUCAUCUGAUGUCACACACACAUAAAAAAAAAACAGUACAUGUCGC